AUGUGUUGUCCUUGCGCAAAAUGUGGAAAUGUGAAAGACUUUUCUGCACAAGUGAUAAAGGAUCACUUGUUUCUGAAUGGGAUAGACGUAGGUUAUGAUAAAUGGACAGAACAUGGGGAUGUUGUGGUAGAAUCAGAAUCAGAUAGUGAUAUUGAUAGCGCAGAGACAGAGGGUGUUGAAUCUGAAUCUGUGGAGGGUAAUGUGGGGGCAGAUUAUGAAGUACAAUUAGAUAGUGAUGUGGAGUUGGAAGGCAAUGAGAAUGAUGAGCUUUCAACUGAGUGCAAUGAAUUCAGGCAGUUUGUAGAAGAUGCCAACAAACCCUUAUACCCGGGUUGCAAUAGGCACACAAAGAUGAAUGUGUUGGUUAGGCUUUACAACUUGAAAGCGAAGCAUGGUAUGAGUGAUGCAGCAUACUCUGACUGGUUGAUUGCCUUUGCUGAAUUUAUGCCCAUAGGAAACGAGAUACCUGCCUCUGUGUACGAGGCAAAGAAGACUUUGAGUGCAUUGGGAAUGAAUUACACCAAAAUACACGCUUGCCCGAAUGACUAUAUUCUAUAUAGAAAACAGUAUGCUGAUGAAAUGUGUUGUCCUACAUGUGGUAUUUCUAGGUGGGAAGUCUGCAAAAACAAAAAAGAAAGGGAGGGAGUACCUGCAAAAGUGUUGUGGUACUUUCCACCGAUUCCUAGGUUCAAAAGAAUGUUUCGAUCAAUUGAAACAUCGAAGAGUUUAACUUGGCUUGCCACCAACAGAAACAAGGAUGGCUUAAUUCGGCAUCCUGCAGAUUCUACGUCUUGGAAGUUGGUAGAUGAUAAAUGGCCAGAUUUUGGUAGUGAGCCAAGAAACCUACGGCUUGUAUUGUCAUCAGAUGGGUUCAAUCCCCAUAGUUCCUUAAGUAGCAAGUAUAGUUGUUGGCCCGUUAUUUUGGUAACCUAUAAUCUGCCUCCAUGGUUGGUAAUGAAGAGGAAACACAUGAUGCUGACCUUAUUGAUAUCAGGCCCUAAACAACUGGGAAACGACAUUGAUGUUUACCUUGAACCGUUAAUAGAUGACUUGAAACUGUUAUGGGAAGGGGUGAAUGGAGUUUACGAUGCCAUUAAGAAUGAAAAUUUUACCCUUAGGGCUUUACUGUUCUGGACAAUCAAUGAUUUUUCAGCUUAUGGUAACCUUUCAGGAAGUAUAGUGAAAGGCUAUAAUGCAUGUCCUAUUUGCCUUGAUAAAACAGAACCUACAAGGCUAGUUCAUGGAGGAAAGAUGGCCUACACCAUUCAUCGGCGGUUUUUAGGAAGACACCAUCCUUAUCGAAAGCUAAGGGCUGCUUUCAAUAACCAGCCAGAACAUGCAACAGCUCCAGUGCCAUUGAGUGGAGAAGAAUUGUUGAGGAGGUUGGAGGAGGAAGUUCCACAGUGGCCGUUUGGAAAAAAAAAACCUCCUCCUACUUAUAGGGGUGCUGAGGACGAAACCAGGCCAUGUUGGAAGAAGAAGUUGAUAUUCUGUGAGCUUGAAUAUUGGAAGUAUCUCCCUGUUAGGCACUGCCUUGAUGUCAUGCAUAUUGAAAAAAAUGUGUGUGAUAGUCUAAUAGGGACGUUGUUGAACAUUCCCGGAAAAACCAAGGACGGACUGAAAACUCGUUUGGAUUUGGCGGAAAUGGGUAUAAGGCAACAGCUGCACCCAAAUCUAGAUGGUCGGAAAAAGAAGCGCUUGCCAUUGGCAAGCUGGAACCUAACAGUAGAUGAGAAAAAAUGUAUGUGUGGAUCAUUUCAUGGCAUGAAGGUUCCUGAAAACUAUGUUCAAACAUUUCGAGCCUUGUUUCAAUGGAUGAUUUGA